AUGUCAUCAGAAGAAACUCAGAUAAGAUUAAAGGAACAGAUACUUUCUCUGAUUCGAAACAAAUGCACAAGAUGGAAGUAUUAUGAGUGUUUACUUACAAUUACCGAAGCUGAAGAACUCCAACCUUGGAGUGUGGAAGAAGAAAAACAUGAGUUUAAUUAUCAAAGACUAUUUAAUCUGAUUGAACUUAAAGGAGAAACUCAUAUUCUUAAAGCUGAAGAAUUUUGGAAUACCAAUAUCGAAGGCAUCGAAUAUGGGAAACAAUAUCCUGAUGAGAAAGUAUCAAUGUUAAAAGGAAUAAUACAUAUCCUAUUCGGAUCAUUAAGCAAACAGACAACAAAUAUUAUAAUACGAUCAUUGGGAAUCGAAGAAGAUACA